AUGGCAUGGCUGUGGCCGAAGAAAAGUACCAUACUUCCCACGACACGAGAAACAGAAAAGGACAAUGGGCCUCUUGAUCCAGAAUACCUUGUCGAGUGGGCGCCGAACGACCCAUUAAACCCCCAGAAUUGGUCGGACUCGUACAAGUGGUGGGUUACUUUUCAAUUGGGAAUGCUUGCGUUGGUUGGCAGUCUUGGAUCGAGCAUUACAACGCCCGCCGAUGACACUAUUGCGAUAUACAUAGGUGUGAGUGACGAGCUUGUCGUUCUCGACCUCUCUUUAUAUGUACUUGGUUUUAUGCUUGGUCCCAUUAUUUGGGCUCCCAUGUCAGAGAUAUGGGGCCGUAGAGUCAGUAUUCUGCCAGCGGUAUUUUGCCAAGCUCUCUUCUGUAUCGCCACCGGCGUUAGUAAAGAUGCAUCCUCUAUCUUUGUCACCCGUUUCUUUGCAGGGUUCUUUGGGUCUGCCCCAAUUAGCAAUGUCACUGCCGCCUUGGGAGACAUGUGGAGUAGAGAGAAACGAGGAACCGCAGUCAGUUGGUACGCGGUGGCAGUAAACGGCGGUCCAGCCCUGGGCCCUGUCAUCGGCGCUGCUCUUGUUGUGAAUCCUCACCUGGGCUGGCGGUGGGCCGCAUAUGUCCAGGCCAUCUGGGGCUUUGUCAUUUUUCUCUUAACCUUCUUCUGUCUCCCAGAGGUAUACCCAUUGGUCUUGCUCAAACGCAAGGCACAAAAUCUCCGUAAGGAAACCAACGACUCUCGAUUCUACCACCCUCACGAACACUUAAAACUUGAUGUCCAAUCGAUCAUGACAAAACAACUCGCUCGCCCACUCAAAAUGUUGUUCACCGAGCCCAUCGUGACUUGUGUCUCGUUCUACGCCGCCUUCGUCUACGGGGUCAUGUACUUGGCUCUUGAGCUCUUCCCCAUUGUGUUUAAGCAAACUCGUGGAUGGAGUCCAGUGGUCAGCGCUCUGCCAUUUCUGGGCUUGUUGAUUGGCGUGGUAUCCUCAGUAGGCGUCAACGUGUAUAACCAACAUCGCUACAACCAGAUAUCACGCGCGGCAAACGGGAUCGCCGUUCCCGAAGCACGGUUGCCGCCGAUGAUAUUCGGUGGGAUUUUCUUCGUGGCUGGCCUCUUUUGGUUUGGUUGGACUGCUUCUCCUCCCCACCAUUGGAUUCUGCCCUGUUUAGCAACUGUCUUUAUUGGCAUUGGAUUCAACUGCAUUUUCCAACAGUGCCUCAAUUUUCUCAUUGAUGUAUACAAAGUCUAUGCAGCUAGUUCUACUGCCGCUGUGACCUUUUUGCGAAGCUUGAUGGCGGCUGGACUUCCACUGGCGGCGAAACCAAUGGUUAGGGCUUUGGGAAUCGGGCCGGCUGUCUCGAUUAUUGGUGCUGUGGCCGUAAUCCUACUCCCUGUCCCAUUACUAUUUAUUAAGUAUGGGCCAAGGUUACGGAAAUUAUCCAAGCUCGCGCCUGAAGGUUCGUAA